UGGAUGAUCAUAAUCUCCUCUGCUGCUGCGCUGAACACAGCCAAGAAGAAGAAGAAGAAGACGGAAUGGGGAACACAAAGAGCAGCACGUUGUCCAAGGAACUCCUGGAGGAGCUGAAGUCCAACACCAAGUACUCUGAGGCCGAGCUGUGCAGCUGGUACCAGUCCUUCCUGAAGGAAUGUCCCGGUGGAAAGAUCAGCAAGGAGCAGUUUGAGGGCAUCUACGCCAGCUUCUUCCCCAACGCUGACCCCAGCGCCUACGCCAGACACGUCUUCAGGAGCUUCGACACCAACGCCGACGGCACCCUGGACUUCAAGGAGUACAUCGUGGCGCUGCACCUGACCUCGGGCGGUCGGACCCUGCAGAAGCUGGAGUGGGCCUUCGCCCUUUACGACGUGGACGGCAACGGGACCAUCAGCAAGAGCGAAAUCCUGGAGAUUGUCAGGUCCAUCUUCAACAUGAUACCAGCUGAGGACCAGGAGAACCUUUCGGGAGAUGAAAACACGCCCGAGAAGAGAGCUGAGAAGAUCUGGCGCUUCUUCGGGAAGAAGGACAACGAUAAAAUUGCCGAGGGCGAGUUCAUCCAAGGCGUGAUGGACAACAAGGACAUCCUGCGUCUGAUCCAGUACGACGAGCCCCAGAAGAUCAAAGACAAGCUGAAGGAGAAGAAACACUAGGCUGCUGAUGUCGCCGCCUCCGUUUGUUGCCAUAGCGACCGCACAGGAAGUCUUGGUCCUUGACAUUUACACACAUACACACAUCGGUACAAAAAUGAUAACCUAGUUUUCAGCUAAUGCUGAGGAAGUUAGCAUUACAAAAGUAUGGCUGGUUCUGUGCUGCCCCCUGGAGGCAUGGAGUAUAAACACAUCCAUGAUCCAUCGGUCCCUCCAGGAAUUUGCCGUGUCGCCAUCGCACCAAUUCACGUAAGUUAUGCGCUGCCUUCGGAACCUGGUCCGUCUCCGCACAUUUUGGCCAGUCAACUUUUUCUUUGGGCGUGGCUCGAAUGCGCGUCAACUAUCUAAACCAGACUUAGGUCAGUUUCUUGUGUAGAAGAAGUAGGAACAACAACGUGUAACAAUAUAUCAAUAUAUAUUUAUCGAUCAAACCACACAAUUGUUGUAGCUCAGACCUACUUCCUGUUCCUGACAACAGCGCUAAGCCUUCUGGGUAAUGUCGUACACAAACAUGUACUUCCAAGUUUCAUGU